AACAGUUUAUUUGUAUUAUGGCUGAAGAAGUUUUGAAAACCAUUAUUCAAGAAAUAAAAACUGCCAGAUAUUUCUCUAUAAGUGUUGACUCAACACCCGAUAUUGCGCAUACAGAUCAAUUAUCUUUCAUUGUGCGGUAUGUAAAUGAAGAUAGUCAACCAAUAGAAAGAUUUUUAUGCUUUAUAGAAGAUGUCGGGCAUAAGUCUGAACAAAUUGCUUCUGCAGUCUUUUCAAUUUUUGACAAGUAUAAUUUAAAUCUUAAACAUUUAAGAGGACAAUCGUAUGACAAUGCCAGUAAUAUGGCAGGUAUAUAUAGUGGAUUACAAGCAAGAAUUAAAAAGUCAAGUCCACACGCACAAUUUGUUCCUUGUUCCGCACAUUCACUCAAUUUAGUUGGCACAAAUGCUGCAAGUUGUUGCCAAAAUGCGGUUCAUUUUUUUGACUUACUUCAAAAAUUAUAUGUAUUCUUUUCAUCUUCAACUCAUCGCUGGAAAAUUUUAAAUUCCAAUGUAAAAAGUUUAUCAGAAACAAGAUGGUCAGCUCGAGAUGAUGCUUGUAAAGCAUUAAAUAAAAAUAGAGGAUUCAUCAUAAAUGCUCUAGAAAAAAUUGAACAAGAUGUUACAGAAAGACCAGCUACCCGAUGCGAAGCCAAAGAUGAAGAAUAUAUACGUUAUUUAAAUCUGGCAAUUUCAAUUUCAUCUGGACAUUUUAAGAACACAGUAAACAAGCGCAUAAAAAAAAGGAAAACAUUCAGUGACGAAAAUAUAGAUGAUGAAGCCAGCAACAGUGACAUAAAUUAUAAGAUAAGUACAUAUUUUGUUAUCUUAGAUAGAAUCAAAAAUGAGCUAGAAAAAAGAAAAAUAGCCUAUGAUCAGUUAUUUGAAAAGUACUCGUUUUUCUUUCAAUUGGAAAAAUUGAACAGCGUAGAAAUCAGAGAACAGGCAAAAUGUCUUCAAGAUAUAUAUGUUGAUGAUUUAGGAAGUUCUUUUCCCAAUGAAUGUGUUCACUUUAAGUCACAUAUAAAGAACCUCAAAGUUGAUGAAAGACCAAAAAAUAUUCAGCAAAUGCUUAUAUUUAUCAAAAAUAAUGAUUUUUCUGAAAUGUAUCCUUACAUUGUUAUUGCGUUAAGAAUGUUAUUAUGUACACCAUGUAGUAACUGUUCUACUGAACGGUCUUUUUCAGCUUUAAAGAGAGUUAAAUCAUACCUAAGAUCAAAUAUAAAAGAGGAAAGAUUAAAUGCGUUGGCAAUCCUAAAUAUUGAACAUGACAUUACAACAAAACUAAAUUAUAACAAUGUUAUUAAUAAUUUUGCUACUAGACAAGCACGUAGAAGAUUUUAAAAGCUGAAAAAGACCUUUUGGAGGAAAAGUU